CUGUACAAUUUAUACCAGAUACAGUAGAUUAUUUAGGGUUUAAGAUUUUCAGACUUUGGGAUAAUUUUGUUUAUCCCUAUAAUUAGGAAGGAAUUAAAACCUUGAAAGUGAACUAGUUUACCUAUUUUACUUGGGUACUUAAAUUUAGCAUAGAUCUUAAACCUGUCAUCUAGUUAAUUUUAUAUAGUAAGGGUAUGGUUAUAAUUAAGGGUUUUAUUUGAUUUCAGUGUGAAGAAUAAUAUUUUGUUGCCACCGAGGCAUUAAGUAUAGUUACAGGGACUGGUUCUGUUUCCUUUAUGGAAUACUGUAUCAGAAUGCCAAAAUUCAGGCAUAGAUGGACAAGAGUGGACUCCAUACACAUUGUCAUUUAAUUGUGGUCAAUAAAGACCUGAAUCAAACCAAUUUCUGAUUCAAAUCAUUUAAGUGAUAGCUUAUAGUUAAUCCCCUAGCAGGGAUGGGGGACCUUUUUUCUGCUAAGGGCCAUUUGGAUAUUUAUAACAUUCAGGGGCCAUACAAAAGUAUCAACUUAAAAAUUAGCCUGCUAUAUUUGGUCAGGCUAAUUUGGUGAGGCAUGUGAAGUUAGCUGGUAUUGAUUGGGCUUGACGUUCCUCCACCCUGCACCUAAUCAUACAUCAUUCCUGCGGACAUUUCAGGCCCACAAAGAAGAAAACUGGGCUCUGCCCGUCAUGUAUGCAGUAGCACUUGACCUUCGAGUAUUUGCCAAUAAUGCAGAUCAGCAGUUGGUUAAGAAAGGAAAAAGCAAAGUUGGUGACAUGUUGGAAAAAGCAGCUGAAUUGUUGAUGAGCUGUUUCCGAGUCUGUGCCAGUGACACUCGUGCUGGUAUAGAGGAUUCUAAGAAGUGGGGGAUGCUGUUUCUGGUGAAUCAGUUAUUUAAGAUUUACUUUAAGAUCAACAAACUCCAUUUGUGUAAACCUCUUAUCAGAGCUAUCGACAGCUCAAACCUGAAAGAUGAUUAUAGUACAGCACAGAGGGUGACAUACAGAUACUAUGUUGGACGAAAGGCCAUGUUUGAUAGUGACUUUAAGCAAGCUGAAGAGUACCUGUCCUUUGCCUUUGAGCACUGUCAUCGUUUGAGUCAGAAGAACAAAAGGAUGAUUUUGAUUUAUUUACUUCCAGUAAAAAUGCUAUUGGGUCAUAUGCCAACCAUUGAGCUUUUGAAAAAGUAUCAUCUCAUGCAGUUUGCUGAAGUAACCAAAGCUGUAAGUGAAGGCAAUCUGCUGCUGCUGAACGAGGCUCUUGCGAAGCACGAGACCUUUUUUAUUCGCUGUGGCAUCUUCCUUAUCCUUGAAAAGCUUAAGAUUAUCACCUACAGGAAUCUUUUUAAGAAAGUGUACUUGUUACUCAAAACACACCAAUUAUCUCUGGAUGCUUUUCUAGUUGCCUUAAAAUUUAUGCAAGUGGAAGACGUGGACAUCGAUGAAGUCCAGUGUAUUCUGGCCAACCUGAUCUAUAUGGGUCACAUUAAAGGCUAUAUAUCACAUCAGCAUCAGAAGCUAGUUGUUAGCAAGCAAAACCCAUUUCCUGCACUGUCUACAGUGUGUUGAAAAGGAAUGUGUUCCUCUAUUUACUGUACUAAGGAAAUCAGUCCUUUGCCACGACGUUGUUUUCUGCAGCUGGAAUCUCUUUGGGGCUCCUUUCCCAGGGACAUUGAGACUGAGUUUGCCAGCACACACAGCCACCUUGACAUUUCCUCAUCACUCGUAACCAGAGUUCGCCUUGUGGGUCUUGGAAUUCCUUUUUCAGACAUUGCAGACCCCUCCUUUGACUCUGGAGUAUUGGUGAAACUUCUGUGAAGGAGGCUCCGUCUCCUUUCCUCAUAAAAAUUAUUCAUAAAUGCAUCUUUGUAACUUUUUAUAUAAUUCUUUCUAUU